AGAUAUAGACGAAUGCGAUUUUCCUGCUAUUUAUGGAUGUUACGAUGUGAAUAAAUGCAACAUAACAGGUGUCACCUGCGACUUACCCAUCAUCACAGAAUGUGAGAACAACCAAGGAUCGUACGAAUGUUCAUGUAGAGACGGUUUUACAAACCUCACUACAGGCACAAAUGGCAGCGUGCCAUAUCGUUGUGAAGACAUAAAUGAAUGUGCAAGUGAUAUUCAUAACUGCAACUUGACUGUAUCAACGUGCGUGGAUGUUUUGGGUUCGUUUGAUUGCAUAUGUAGACUUGGAUACCAGAAAGACAAUUCAAGCACGGUGUGUGUUGAUAUUGACGAAUGCAAGAAUUCAUUUGGUGCGACACCUAUGUGUAACACGACCUCAUCGUUUUGCGUCAACACGAUAGGAUCGUAUCAUUGUGAUUGUAAUGCCGG